CGAAUUCAACGCACAAUCUAAGCAAGCAAGACAUAGAAAAUUCCCUAAAAACAGUAGCCCAACAUGGCGCCUCGUUUCCAAACGAUGCCAGCGCCAAAAACCGAGUCCGCUCGUGAAGCCGCUCGUACAUUCUACUGCGAAUUAUGCACCAAGGGCUAUGCCCGUAUGCCCGAAUACGAAGCACAUCUAUCUUCAUACGAGCACACACAUAAUCAGAGGAGGAAAGAUGCGAAGCAAUUUCAUAAGAACCCGUUUGGCCAAAAGGACGCCAGCAAAAACGAGGAGCGGGACAAAAAGGCAGCGGGAAUGACCAGUGUCAAGAUGGACAGUAGCACCAGCGGAACCUCCGGUAAACUAGGUGGAGGCUUUAAGAAGGGCGGUUUCAAGAGUGCUGGAUUCAAGAAAGUAGGAGGCUCAAAUGCGGACGCCGCAAAAACAGAGCAAGAAGCCGUACCUCAAGGUUUGGGUGCGGGAGCUCAUGGAGGCGAAAUCGAUAAAAAAGAUGCGGAGCAAGAAGACGAAGGCCAUGACCAGUCUGGCGACUACAGUUUUUGGUGCGAGAAAAACCCUGGAUACACGUACUACGAUCCAAUGAGACCUGGUGGCUGUGACGUACGAUGUCCGUGUCGGAAAGCAGGAAACGGUCAGUGCAGCGGAAGAGACUGUGAGCUAUGUACACAGCUCGGCCCCUUGCCUGGCUGAUGAAGGAUGGCGGGAGCCUUGUUGCUUUUCAGAAAAACAACAUUCCUAUAAUCUCUCUACAACUCCCUGGCAGCGGACUGGCCAACAAGAAACCAAACCUCGUUUCCAGUUUCCAAACGGAGACUAUUGGCAGAACUUGAAUUCGCUGACGGCAAUUUGGAUCACAUGGCCUCUCGUGGAGUUACCACAUCUCAACAAUUCUGGGUAUGGAGUAUUUCCGUGUCCAUAUGGAAAAGAAGAGGCCUAACAGAAUAUCUAAUUAUGCGACAGCUAGUCCAUGUAUGGUGAUUUGUCUGUCUCAACCAGUUUAGGAGCCUAUUUUGGUCAAAUAUGCAACUGAAAAUAGCUUAAGGGCAAGUUCAUGCAUUUUGAAGAACUGGAUGAUGGACGUAUCAAGAGCCGGGUGAAGGACUUGCUGGCGGAUUUGGAAGUCCCAAUCAUAUCCAAAUAUUAAUGUGGCGCUGACGGAGAGCGAUAUACAAUCGCAGCGCAUCUUGAUCUACCCCUGAAUGAAUAGGUGGGCAUUGGAGGUCACAAUCUUGUGAAGGCAGACAUAGCGAAGUUGAUGAGAUAAAGACCUACCAACUUAAGUGCUGGUCUACAAUUUGAGAGAGGCCCUCGGUUCGUAACUUUGUUGAGAAUGAUGCGCUCAUAUUAAACAACAAACCUGAAUAACCUUGACUCACAAAGCGCAUCAUCCAUCCUGGUGCAGUAGAUCACCUCGUGCAACAGCCCGUUUCAAGUUUUAAAUCAUCACAGGUUUCUGGUUCGCGAAUAUAUAUCAUUCGGGCAACUACACCGUGUUGCUUGCAGCCCAUCUCAAAUUCAUAGGCACAUUCCUACAGGUGGUCUGAGGCUCAACACUUGCUCCAAGAUGCCUACAACUUGACCUGGAAAUAAGCCUGGCGCUCAAGAACUUUGCGGCUCCUAGUUUGCAUACGACAUAUAGUUCGGAGCAACAGCCUUAGGGGAAAGAUAUUCAGAAGUUACGCGCCCCCGUAUGACGCGCUUUUCUCAAUGCUCACAACGCCGGAGGAGCGGAAGGAUGCUCUCUCGAAUGGGAUCAACAGGUGAAGCAAACAGAAAAAGGGCAAGAGCAGUUACAGACGUGUUCAUUGGCCAUAGCGAGUCAUGAGAUGCACGCUUUAUGCGGAGAGAUGGGCGAUUUCUACCGAGGGCACAUCGUCGCUGUUUACACUCGGGACGAACAUAUACCAUCCUCCGCAGAGGUCAAGGGGGCGCAAGGUCCGGUCGCAUUCUACGCGCCAAGUACGUAUCUCGGACAGGGAUUUCGGCAUGUCUGGCUCGAUCAAGUGAUAUUAACUAGACUAGCGUCUACAAUCGACUUGACUGGGAAAAGGCACGUUUUGUAUUCUCACUGGUCCAGGCGGAAACGCUUGAAAAAAUGCUGCGUACACCGCAUCCAAGAAUCUAGGUACUCGGGUAAACGCCUGUUCUCUAGGAAUUAGACAAGAUUGGGAAGAUGCGGAUGGUGAUUGGGCACGCACCUGCGAUGACGAUGGCGUCGAAGAGAAUGGGUGCGUUUGAAUCAGUCGUGGAAUAUUCACUGCUUGGGAUGCUGAAACUGCAAGUGAGAGCUAUUCAAACAAGAAAUUAGAAGACGUGCUGAAAAGCAUUCUAGACUAAUAUGGCUUAUCAUCGCUCAUAUGCACUAAUGACACGAUUCUUUACACGAAAGGCCCCGAUUACCGUCGUUAUUCUCCUAUAUUGCUGUUUCACGCGCGCCAUCAACGGCAUAAUUGGCACCGUUGACAUAGCUAGCCUCGUUGCUAAGCAGGAAGACUAUGACAUUGGCAACUUCCUCUGGUUUGCCAGCACGUUGAAGCGCCGCUUCUCGUACAUUUUCGAUAGAGUUAAAC